GGGGCUUAAACUAAUGUUAUUUUAAGAAACCCUUAAUAACGCGAUUAAGCAGGAUUUGCCGGUGAUCCCCUCUUGACACUUUCUGCCGUCGUGUGUUUGUCAUCCCAGGCGUGUGAGGAGAAGUAGUACGUGUAGUUAAGUAUACACUACGCAUCUUUCAUUUUUCCAGUCGCUAAACUACUGCUUUUAUACGAACGUUCGUUUUUUUCCCCCUUUACGCUCACCGGUCUGUUCUCUGAUUGGCCGCCGCAAGAGACAGACGCGAACGAUUGGUUGAAGAUUUUCCUUAUGUACAGCGCGGACACCUCACUGUACCUCACAGCACUGACACCGUAGAAGCACGUGAACCCGCUGGACUGCUAUCUGAGGGAAAUGCAAUUUCAUCAUAAUUGUUAAAGAACUUCGAAUUCAUAUCAGGGUGGAGGUUUCCAUAAUUUGCAAAUGCCGAUAAGUGACAUGUGGCAAGAUGGCAAUGGCCUCGACACAAUGGGCGAGAUUGACAGUAAUGGCAGCUGUGACAGCGUGGUCAGCUUCAAUUCAUGCUUUAGUGAUGAAAGUUUGGAGUAUCUCUCUGCUGAAGAGAAGGCUUGUCUCAUGUACCUAGAGGAGACCAUUCAGUCACUGGAUACGGAGGAUGACAGCGGCCUGUCCAAUGACGAGGCUGAUCAGCUGCCAGCUCGAGGAAAUGUGGCUAACAAAGCGGCCCGCCUCUCUUCGUCAACGAGACUCAGCAAGCUUCCUUGUCAAGAUGUACCCAAAAGCCAAUUUGAAGGUCCAUUCUCAUCUAGCAGCUUAGAGCAAAAUGACAUUCUGAAUUAUAUGGUUCCUACUCCAUUUGUCCUUGCAAACCGUAACUCACAAAUCCAGUCCAGACCUGAAAUAGCUGCAUCCCAGAAAAAGACGGCACCCAAAGUGGCUUGUGAGUUCAGUCAAGAAGCUCAUCGAGUUCCCUCUGAAAUCAAUGUGGUAGUGAUACCACCUCCGCAUAAAAUCAAAGGCGGUAAAGACACAGUGGAAGAACGACAGAACAAACAUCAGCCAGAGAAUGUGGCACGUCGAGGACCGCUCUCGUAUGAGGCUCUGGUGCAUCUGCGCAAGAGCGCAUCAAUGCGGAGAACCAAUGCCACUGAAGCCAAAACCGAGGAACAGAAGGUAUCUGCUGAUAAAGAUAAUGAGGUAAGCAUCUCUGGAUCCCAAACUCCGACACAGGUCAUGACAGGUAGGAGCUCCAAGCCCGCUCCUCCUCCUGUGGCCCCUAAACCUAAGAUGAAAACCCCACACAACGUCCCAGUGAACCAGGAAGAAACCUCCAACGCUAAGAUCGACUCAACCAUGCCUUACUCAGGAGUAUUGACAGCGGAUAAAUUAAUGAACCCAGAGAAAGUAAGAGUGGAGGCUCUCUGCAAGCUGGGUCUCCUCAAGGAGGAUACAAAGAACCCAAUCUGUCAACGACUAAAGCAUUCAGAGUCCCCUGCAAACUUGGUGCAAAUCCAGACCACAAAGGAAUGUCCUGCUCCAAGUGUUCCUGCAAGACCUGGAAAACAAAUAAAUCAGCCAGUGCAAACUUGCAGUCCUCUCCACCAAAGGUCUGUGAGCGAUCUUUCGGCAGUUUCUUCUUUUCCACAGCAUGCUGUUAUGACUUCAACCAGGAAAUCUGCCCCACUGGAACGCACUGGGAUGGGACUGUCAGAAUCUAACAUCACAGUCUUAAAUGCAAUUUCUCAGAAGUCAAGUUCUUCUACAGUAGGAACCAAAAGCCACUUUACAGAACCUUUUAAUGAAUCGACAUCCAUUAAAGCAGAAUUGCAUGCAUCAUCUCACUCCAAAGGCUUAAAUGUGCCGGUUCCCAGCAUCGGAAGAGAUCGGAGAGAGGCACUGCGAAAACUAGGAUUGCUGAAAAACUGAGAAUUUGUUGACUAUUCUCUCCAGUCGCGAUGCAUCAAAUAAUGCUUCUGUGUCUACGCCUCUUUUUCCCCCUUGAGUGAGAAUACCAUUACAACAGCCAUUUAUGAGCACUGUUCAUUCUCACAGUGCAAUAUUUAAAUUUUUUUUUAAAACAAAAAUCACUCUGUAGCCAACUAAGAUUUGGGUAUGGAGAUAACAUUUAAGUUCAUGAUUUUUAGUAGUAGUGUAUUAUCAUCGUUUGUUGUUUGCUUUUGCCAUCUGAAGAAGUGUUUGGACCACAGACUCUAUGGUUUGGGCCCAGAAACUGUGACAUAUGAUGUCUGACUUAACAACCAAAUAAUAAAAGUGGAGUGUGCAAUUUUAUAAUGUUCAAAAAAGACACCGGUUCCUCAGAAAAUGUAAAAAUAUAAUCAGCUCAACCAAUGGUCUUUAUUUUUGCAAUUCCGCACUAAAAUUGCACAAUUCACUUUUAACAAUUUCAAGUAAUACAAUGUGGGACUUUACCUUUAGUCCAUUAAUUGCUUUUUCUAAAUAGUGACUACAACACCUGGAUGCCUUUGCCGAUAUUACAGUAUGUUUACUUUUCCAGGUGAUCCUAGUAACUUACUAGACCUAAGUAGAUGCUCAUAAAUCAUGCCUCUUUUGCUAAUCAGUCGCUUCAGAAAAUCACUUCCUGUUUUUUUUUUUUCCAAAUACAAUCAAGUAUAUCUGCUUCACCAGAGACUGCUGAACCUGAGGAAGCCAGGCUUCCAAAGAUCAGCUAUCAGUCAAACUCCUCAUUUUACACGCCGGUCAGUGAGAUCUGACACAGCACUUCAGUGGAUUAGCGCAUUAUCUUGAGUUGCAACCAACAGACUGGCGUUCAUGUUACCUGGCCUCUCAGAUUCAUCUGUCAUUAAAGUUCUUUAUCUCGC